UAGAGGAUAAUGAUGAUGAUGACUGAUGAUGAUCAUGAUGGAGGGUAUCUAAGGCUGAACAAAGUUUAUAGAGUUGCUUAGAAGGUAAGUUGCUAACAAAAUUAGGGUUGGAACUAAAUUCUCCAUUUGCAUUCCUAACCCAUUUCACAAAAAAGCUAUUUUUUUCAAAAAACGAUGUCUUUCUUUGGAUUUGAGAGAAAUUACCUGAAACACAGCUUUACACACGUAUUCAUUUCUAUCUUUGUAGACAAAAUGACUUCUAUAAAAACCCUGGCCCGGACUGCAAUCCUCUUAUACACCAUAUGCUUUCUUACAAACUCUGAUGGGAGACCAAUGGUGAAAAGAUCAGUGAGUGAGAUGCAGUUGAUGCACAACCUCGGGGAGCACCGACACGCCGUGGAGAGACAGGACUGGCUCCAGAUGAAGCUGCAGGACGUGCACAGCGCCCUGGAGGACGCCCGCACCCAGAGGCCUCGCAACAAGGAUGACAUUGUCCUGGGCCGGAGGCUGCUCCCUGAGCACCUGCGGGCAGCAGCGCAGAAGAAAUCCGUGGAUCUGGACAAAGCUUACAUGGAUGUCCUCUUUAAAACAAAGCCAUAA